CCGUAUGUUAUACUCUCGACACCUUUCUCGAUGAAGAGAACUAUUUUCACCGGGUAAAGAUGUUGAGGUCGACUCGAAAAGUUCCUUUGCCUUGCAAAUUGCUCUCCUCAUCAAAAAAGUGUUCUAAACCACGUUUCCAAUCAAAUAAUUCCUUUCAAGAAACAAAAAAAAGUGGUAAAAAAACAGUGUUUGCUCUAAUAGGCGCUACAACUCUUACUGCUGGUGGUGUUAUUGCAUAUGCUAAAUAUGAUCCAAAAUUUGCCAAAAUUUUGGAAGAAAAUGUACCAUUUUCUGGAUCUGUUUUAAAAUCUAUUCCAGAUUGGAAUGAUAUCACCUCUCUUGCAGAGAAAGGAAAGUCUGUGAUAGAACCCAUAACUUCAGUUUUUAAAGAUAAAACACCUAAAUCAUCAUCUUCAGAUGAAAAUUUGAAGGAAGGUCUUCUUAAAAAAAAAUUAGAAAGAGAUGCUAGCAAACAGGAAAUUCAACCUAUUCCUAUUCCCCUUCCUCCACCUGUUUAUGGAAAAGAUGAAGAGCAGUCACAUAUUGAAUCAAAGCAAAAGAGUGAAAAAUUAAAGAAAGUUGAUGAAAAAGAAUUUAAAGAGAUUGCUGAUAAAAAGCAAAAAGCAUCUCAUGAAAAAAUUGAAAGUAAAAAAACUCCUGAAAAGAAGGAGAAAAUAAAAGAACAGGAAAUAAGUAAACGAUUAAUUGAACAAGAAACACGUUCUUUAGAGCUUAAUGAUAAAUUAGAAAAGAAACUUAAAGAUGGUUUAAAUGAAUUAGACAAACUUGUGCAAAAAGCAACUGUUGUUCAGAGUGAUGCAGUUGAUGCUAUCAAAGAACAUACCAGAAAAUUAUAUCUUGCAUUGGAAAGCAGUGAGCAAAUAGAAAAUGAAGAAAAUGCUUGGAAAGAAGCUAAUGAAGCUAUGGAAAGGAAAGCACAUUCAUUGAAUCAAGCAAAUUCCAUUACAGAAGAAGUUAAAGAAAGAAUAAGUAAUAUAAAAGGAAUGAUAAAAGAAGGCAGAAAUUCCAAAAUUACUUCAGAAAAUCCAUCUUUAAUUGCAACAGAAGAACAUAUCAAUAAUUAUCUUUGUCAGCUUGAGAAAACAGAGAAGGAGAUUGUUUCAGCUCAAGCUGAAUCAAAUGUGGCUUCCCAUUACAAAAAUAUGGUAGAAAAAGGAAAAGAACAAUUUAAAAAAGAAUUAGAAGCUAUUGUCCCAAAUGUCAAACUAGGAGAGAAAGAUAAUAAAUUGACAGAAGAAGAAUUAAAUUUCUUGAUAGCUCAUGCACAUAGACGUGUUGAACAGUUGCAGAAACAAAUUGCCAAACAACAGGUUUUAGAAUAUGAGCACGUUCAAGAUGCAUUAAAGCAACAAAAAGAAGAAUAUGAGAAAGUUGUAAAUUCUACGAUAAGUUCAGAACUAUCCAGACAACAGAGAGAAUUAGAAAUAGAAUUUAAAAAAAGUGCAAGUGAUUUGAAAGAUGAAUUUGAAAAUGAAUUAAGACAACAGUUAAGAAGACAAGCAGCUGCUCAUAGUGAUCAUUUGCAAGAGGUGGUUCAAAUACAGCAAAAACAUUUUGAACGAAAACUAGAAGCAGCUCUUGAGGAGAAGAUUGUUGAAGAAAGAAACAGAUUUCAAAGUCUCUUAGAGACAUCAUUUACAAAAUUAAAUGGUAUUGAAGAUGGAUUAAAAAGAAGAGAAGACUUAGAUAAAGCAGCUAAAAAAGCUCAAGAAUUGUGGUUGGCUUGCCAGUCACUCAAAGAAUCCAUCCGAAAUGGUCACCCCGAAAUCAGGCCUUUGUUAUCUGCUGUGGAAGCUAUUCGUAGUUCCAUUAAUUCAAAGGAUAAAUUUAUCUUGACCAUCCUCAACAGUAUUCCCAAGCUUGCUCUUACCAGAGGUGUUUACACAGAAGAAGCUCUGAAAGAACGCUUCAGGCAAGUGGACAGGAUUUGCCGCAGAGUAGCCUUAAUUGAUGACGAUCACCGUAGUCUAUAUCAUUAUUUCCUUUCUUAUUUUCAAUCAUUUUUAAUAAUACACAAAAAAAUACCUAAUGACGAGUUAAUGAAUAAGAGUGCAGUGGACCCUGACAAAUGGGAUACAUUUGAUAUUUUGCAACGUAUUGACCAAAGUAUUAUUUUGGAAGAUCUUCAACAGGCACUCAGAUAUGCCAAUCAGUUAACGGGAGAACCAAAAAAUGUAGCAAAGAGUUGGAUUAAUGAGGUAAUUUUACUUUUGGAAACAAAACAGGCCAUAAAUGCACUAUUAGCCCAUGCUGCUGCCAUUAGCAUUCAAUCUUAUAGUUAAAAAGGAAUUUAGUCUUUAAAUUGUAAUAAUUUAAUCCUGAAGAUUGAUGAUAGUUGAAAGGAAAAGUACUUUGUAAAAUAUACUAUAUAUUUUUUUUUUCUUGAAAGAAAAUAGAAUUAAACUUGUUUUAUAAAUCCUGUUGAUUUUAACAUGUCUUAA